AUGGCUGAGAAGACUGAAGACGAUAAAGCUCCAAGCUCUUUACAGAACCUGACGUGUCCGCUAUGUCUUGAUAUCUUCGACGAGGCAACCAUCCUAACUUCAUGCGGACACACCUUCUGUCGGAAAUGUCUCGAGAUCUAUGACCUGUCCCAUCAGGAUCUCGAUCACAUGACCUGUCCUCUCUGCAGGGAGGUCACCAAGUUGUCUGCGAACCGUGUCAAAGAUUUCCUCACCAAUGUGACUGUCAACGCACUGGUAGACGAUUACCACGCCAAGAGUGGAGGGAUGAAUGCUGUCCUUGAGAUGCGUCCAAAAUGCACUGCUUGCAAACGUCAAGAAGAUGCUGUGUCAUUCUGCAAAACCUGCAACAGCUACUUGUGUGAGCAGUGUCUGACGAGUGAUCAGAAUUUGUCUGUGAUGUUUGAGGCCCAUGAGAUUGUAUCCGUACAGGAUAUCAUCAACGGGAAGGUCAGCAUUAGUCAUCUAUCCGAGAAGUGCUACACCCACAAACAAGAGAACAAAGAUAUGUUUUGUGAGGAUUGUAAAGUCCACGUCUGUUUCAAGUGCGUGAUCGUCGGUCAUCAAAAUCACAACAUCAAGAAUCAGGCCGACUUUGAGCAGCAGUUACGGCUUAAGGUGAAUGACCUUGUUCAGCGUUGUGCCGCUAAGAAGACAGAACUGGAGAAGAACAUUCAGAAUGUGGAAGUACAACGCCAUGAAGUAUACACUGCCGUGCAGAAACUACUGGACGAUGUCAGUCAAGCCUACAGCAUCAAGGCUAAAGAGCUUGAAGAAAAUCAUCGAAAUCUCAUCGAGCAACUCAAUUCAGUAAAGCACAGUUUCGAGGACGACCUCAACGUCUUGAAAUCCAAGGAUCGACAGAGGAUCAAGAGUAUCUGUAGUUCAAUAACACUGGUAGCUAAUGACAGACUGGGUCGUCUUGAGACAGACAGUCUGUCUGCUCAUACCUUGCUCUGUGAGGAGCUGGAUGCCAUGCUGAAGGAGGCUACUGAUCACACUUCUGCGGCAGCCAUUACAAAGAAAGCACACGAGAAGAGGUUCAAUCCUGCAGAUGAUUCUCGUCUUGACCUCGGGAGCAUCUCAGAAUCAGAUCCCGAGGUUCAAGUCAUUCAAUGUGUAGAUCUACGGGAGAGAUGCGAGGUAUGA